GCUCGUUGCCCAACAACAAAGUGUGUGCUGGCAAGCAGAGAGAAGUAGCAGCAGCCUAUUUUCCUUCUUAUUACAAAACACAACACAACAGAAAAACGUGUAAAAAUCAUUGCUAAAAGUAUUGAAAAAAGAAGUCAACGUCAUCUCAUAUCAGCAGUAAAAGCAACAGCAGCAGCAGCAGCGUAUGGCGGAAGCAGCAGUUGUUGCAGUCGCAGCAGAAGAACAACAACAAAGAAGGCGGCGCUUGUUUUGAGUUGUUUGUGUUUUUGUGUGACAACUGCAAAAUAAAAGUGAAAAAUAUGUGUUGACCUCUGCAGUGGAAAGCCUCCAACUCAGUCAGCAUCCUUUUGUGACGACGCCUGGAGCGUUGUUUUCUGCCCAUCCGCCCAUCAUCAUACUAUAACGCAAGCAAGACUCGCAUCUACUUCAGCAACAAAUAAUAAAUUGCAAUCAUGUCAUUCUCCGACUUUGAUGCCAUCUAUGAGGAUGAGCAGCUGGAGGAUUUGGAGCAUUUUCAGGAUCAGACAGUGAUGCCAGUUCCCGAACCCAUCAUCAUCAGGGGCGCUGGCAAUAUGACGGUCUUUGGUCUCAGCAAUCGCUUCAAUAUCGAAUUCCCCUGCGGUUUGUUGUCCCGCGUUGCACCCGAAGAAUUCAAAGCAACCAUCGGUCGCAUCAAUGGAAUCUUGAAGAAGACCCUGCCCCUGAAUGUCAAGUGGCUAUUUUGUGGUUGCGUCUGCUGCUGUUGCACCCUCGGCUGUUCCCUUUGGCCCGUCAUCUGUCUGAGCAAACGCACACAAUUAACGCUGGACAAGUUGCUGGAGUGGGAGAAUAGUCAUCUAUAUCAUAAGCUGGGCCUGCACUGGCGUUUACAUAAGCAACAAUGUGAUUCCAAUUCCAUGAUGGAGUAUGUUAUAUUAAUUGAAUUUAUACCCAAGACGCCCAUUUAUCGACCCGACUAAAUGCGAUCUAAACAUCGGAUUGAGCGAUCGUGUGGCAUAUAUAUAUGGUAUAUGGAAUGUGGGGGGGAAUUGGGGCCUAAUCGUAAUCGUAAACGUAAUUGUAAAAUAAAACACACAAUACACUAGCAAGUAAGUAAUUUUGAUUUAGGCGUUUACUCUUUUGUGCAAAACACUAACACAACUAGUUUAGUGGGAAACAUACACAGAUAAACACACAAUUUGUAAGCUAGUUUAUAAUAAUUUCAUUUUAGUAUUUAGUUUAAACAAAUUUUUGUGUCGCGAGUUUAUAUACUAUAUAAUAUAUAUAUAUAUAUAUAGCUAGCUAGUAAGAACAAUUGAUGAUUUCUCGCUAGUUUAGGAUCUUUUUUCAAAUUUUGCGUUAAGUUCAUAAUUUGAAAUUUGGUUUUAAAAAUAUUGCAAUAUUAAAUACAAUACAAUUUCUUGUUAAGAAAUUUUAAAACAAUUGAAUCCCUAUUUGAGCCUUUCUCUUUUGAAUAAUAUGAGAUGAUUUGUGCUAGAAAUUUUCAGAAAUGGAAACCGCAAUUAAAAGUCUCGCUGUUUUGCUUCUCCAACAUAUCGUAUAUUUUUCAACGGUUUCCAUUUCGAUAUAUUGCUUAAAUAUCACUUAAAUUGUGUACGUAUUUAAUUUGUGGUUUUUUCGAAUAAAAGCCUUAUAGCAGAAGCGAUCUCGAGAUAAUCGCUAAUAGUGGGGUCUAAAAAGAACAAUAAUAAAUACAUUUUUGUUUAAUGAA